AAAUGCCCUUCGGAUGAUUUUACAACUGCAGUAAACAAACAUGACAACAUGUACUUUUGUACUUUAAUUAACUCGUGCUUUUUAACUCCUAAUUUCCGUUCACUACGCUGCCCGAAAGAAGUCCUUCGACAUUUCUGGGUGUUUCGUUGCAGUGAAUUGCUUUUGUACGGCUGCAAGAGUUGGAUUGUUGUUUGCUCCUGGGAUGUUGAAGAAUGGGUUUGGUGAACUGCUUAGAAAAGGGUUGCAAUGUAGUGGAGAGGGUAAAACUAUGCAUUGUUUGUAUAUGCUGACGAAUAACAUUCACUCCGGACAGUCCCACUGUUCUCCUCCAAGGAGCUUCUUUGGAGUAGAGGAUUACCUGGAUGAUGAUAACAGCCGGCCAUAUACAUACCAGAAGGAGAAGAAAUCAAAGAACCCACAAAAGCACAUAUCGUUUAAGCAACGAACAGUCGCCUAUAUGGAACCAUUUACUUUGGACGUCUUCAUCUCAAAGCGGUUUGUUCAGGCCUCUCUCACUCACAGAGUGACCUGUAAGCAGGUUGCAGUUGCAGGUACGAAUUCCAAGGAUAUAAAAGCUGCUCUCAGGUCUCGAUGUGACAUACCAGCUUGUUUGGCUGUGGGUAGGAUUCUGUCAGACAGGGCUAGAGAAGCAGAUGUUUACACAGCAUCGUAUACCCCAAGAGUUAGGGACAAAUUUGAAGGCAAGAUUAGAGCAGUAGUGCAGUCUCUUAUUGAUAAUGGUAUUGAUGUUAAAGUCUAUCUUGACUGAAUAUAUGCUGCAAUAUCAAGAGUUUAUGGCCUCUUUCUGAGUUAAGCUUUGGAUCAUCUCUUAGUGUGAUUGAUUAGUCUUAACUCUUUGUAUAAUUGUGGGAAAUUGUGAUAAUCCAUUUGCAUUGAUUAAAAAUAGGAAACAUAACUUUCCUAGGGUGGUGUUUGAUGUAUGGUGGAUUGUGGUACUCUCAUUCUCUCAAGUACUUGAGUCCAUUGGGGUUA